CUUACGAACUGGCAAGUGGCAAUUGGCAGACACAGAUUUGAUCUACAACUCUCCACGUACAUGAAACGUGUGAAUUCCUGAACCUUCUCGUACUAAGAUGAAUUCUUUUUUCCGCGCGAAUGGCAUCUGCUAGCUCGCUCAACGAUUUAUAUCCAUUCCAUGAGAACAUUCAACAUCAUCCAAAACAUCGCAAAUCUCACUCAGGUAUUUCAUCGAACAGUUGGACGGCAAAACCCCGAGACCAGAGUUGAUCAACAAUGGCGGCUACCGCAAGUGACGAGUUCAGGCUGGUGUCGCCGAGCAUCAGCCACGAAGGCAGGUUACCUAGAAAAUACACGGAUGAAGGUCAAGGUGCGAAGAUGAAAUUGUCGCCGCCUUUGGAAUGGUACAAUUUGCCGGAGGGAACGAAGAGCUUGGCGUUAGUGGUGCAGGACAUUGAUGCGCCCGAUCCCGGCUCACCCAUUGUGCCGUGGGUGGUUUGGGUGGUGACGAAUAUUCCCCCGACGCUGAAGGGGUUGCCGGAGGGGUUUUCCGGCAAAGGCGAGGAGUUGGGCGGCGAGUAUGCUGAGAUUAAGGAAGGGCAGAACGACGAGAAGGUCCCCGGGUGGCGCGUGCCUAAGUUGCCUACGCAUGGACAUCGGAUCGAGUUUCGGCUUUUUGCCCUUGAUGAUGUGCUCAAUCUUGGUAAUAAGCCGACAAAGGACAAGCUUUUAGAGGCGGUGGAGGGGCAUACGCUUGCAGAAGCGGAUUUGAUUGCUGAAUUCUAAAAUGCUUCUACUUUUUAAUGGGUUCAAAUUACCACUGUUUUACUUUUUCGCUUUUCUUUAUUUCUUUAAGAAUGUGAAAUUAAAGUGCGAUAUGAUAAACACAAAGGGACUAUAAUGUUUUCUUGUUUAACUUUCUAGUUUUGUAUGAUAUAUGUUUGAGUGGUGUUGGUGACUUUCAAUAACGUGUUGGAUGGGAGUCUGUUCUAGAAAUUAUGAUAA